CCAAACCACCCCUUUCAAAGACUUCCAACAUUUUUGGGACACCUUGUACAUGAUCAAAGGUCUGUAAACUGCAAAGAUGGGAAAAACCCUAGGCUUCGAAUGAAUCUGAAGUUUGCCGAUAUGUUUGUCUCGUUUCCUUGUUUGAACAUUUUCCAAAGAAGAAAGCGAGACAAACACGUCGGUUAACUUCAGAUUUAUUCGAAACCUAGAGUUUUGCACAUCACAUUUUAAAAAUGCUUUGGUCGAGUAAAAACUGGUACCGAAAUUCUUUAAUGAUUCUUAGAAAAUGAACAAAGAAGCUAAAAGAAUGGAUGUUUUAGUUCAUAUUAAAGCUUCAGUUCACACUUCGACAAUUUUAUUUUUAAAAUUACUUAAUUAUAAAACUCGAAAACUUGAACAAUAAGAAAGAAAAGAUUGAACAUCGAGUAGAUCGUGUAUAUUGGUGUAUAUAAUAUGCAUCUAACUUAACCCUACAUUCAUUUGUACUUUCGAUUAUUAAUAUACAAAACAAAAUGUCAUAAAAAUUCCUGUAGUUAUAAAUACCUCUUUUAUCAUUUUAAAAGUAUUAUACUGUAAAAUUAUACUGUAUAAGAACGUUGUACGAAAUUAUGACCGACAAAAGUUCAUGCAGAUCUGUGUUUGGUAAACUAAUCGAUUGCGUAAAUUCUGGAUUGAAUUGGAAUGUCAGUCAAAUUAAAUCGGCAUGCCCUCCGAGGAAGAAAAAGACCGAAGAUAAAAGCGACGAAAGCAGAAGAUCGCACGAGGAAAGCAGAAGAUCGCUUGACGAAAGCAAAGGAUCGCUCAACGGAGGCUUAGACGUUCCUUGUCCUCCUGCUAAAAAAAAAUCACCAUACAAACUGCCUAGUGAGAUUUGUCCAACUACGGCACCUUGUUGCAUUAUUAAAAUGCAGGAUCCUUGUGCACCGUGCUGUUUCGAGGAGAAGCCGAAGCCGCUACCUUGCCCGCCUAAAUGCGGACCUCAGGAACCACGGCAGCCAACUUGCGGUUGCGACCUUUGCCAAAAGAAUCCUGACAAUGAGAAAUGUUGCGACAAGAAUGCAGCUUUUCGCGGUAUAACCAUUGAUCCCAGGUACUUCGAGAAAGCGUGAAUACCUUUCGAAUAAACUUUAUUGAAACGAUACAAUUGUGAUUAAUAAUAAAAGGUAAUAAAAAUGCGAAAUUAAAUCAUCAGGUAAAUAGUACUUAAUCAGGGGUCAUAAUGUGUUUAAUCAUGGGUGUUUUCAGCGAUUGGUAUGAUCUAGAAUCUAGAUAUUUCCAAGCUUGGGAUAGGUGUAUACAAAAAUUCUGGUUUCUAAUCGGAUUGAAUAAUUAAAAGAAUUCCUUUUUUUAAACAAUUUAGCUUGAUCAGAUAGUAAAUGCAUUUGAACAUGUUCAAAUAUGAAUUCAGCCAAUUAUUAGAAUCCAUGGAUUCCAUGUAUUAUUUUAUCUACAACAUUCACGGUUGGAGCUUCUCUUUUUUAUUACACAUGUUAUCAUUAUUACGAUAUCAUCGCGCUCAUUUCCGAUACUCGGGUGAUUUAACUAUUACUCGAACUCGAUAAUCUUUCAGGUUAGUUUGAAUAACGUUAUCGUAUUAGAUACUUAUCACGGUGUCCUUGAUAAUAUCUGCACAAAUGACCUAUUGAAUCAAUUUAUUUAAAAGUUACAUAUAGAGUUACAUAUGUAUACAUUUAUUAUUAUAAUAAUUAGACUGCGGAUCUUUAUGCAUUUAUAAGAAAUUUGAAUGUGCAAGAAACUACGAAAUGCAAACAAUAUGCAAGAAUACAAAAAAGAUUGAAAAUAAAGCUCAUGUUCCAAUAUUUGCAAAAUAAAAUAAAUUCCUAUUUAAAUUCAAUGUUUGUAGUCACGUUUGCGAAGAUUUUAUUUUGCAUAAAGAUCCGCAGUCUAGUAAUAAUAUACAGGGUGGAGCAUUUAAUAUUCCCCAGUAGAAUUUUUCGGAAACUAUAGGAGUUAGCGAUAAAUGUUUCGAACAAACGUUGCUCAAUUUCGAGGGAGAAAUAUUCUUAUGACCUUGUCUUUCACCUUGAAGGUCAUGUUCUUGAUUUAUGAAUGACUUAUGCAUUCAAACAAGAUGGAAAUGUUUUAGAGCAAUUACUGCAACCUAUUUAUGUAACUAACAAUUGAUUAAUUUGGAAAAUAAAUGUAAAAUAAAUAAUCAAUAUAAAAUAUAGGGUGUCCCAAAAAUGUUAGUUAACGCUUUUUUUAAUUCAAUGCACUCGACAUUCAAUUAUUUUCUUGUAAUAUUUUAUCAAUAUCAGUGACAUAUAAAAUGUACAUUCUAUGACAUAUACAAUUUCUUUGUACAAUACAGGGUGUCUCAAGAAUGUUGAAGAUCCUUAAAAAGGGUGGU